UUUAUGUUUUUAGCCUUAUUUAUUAUUGUUAAAAUUGGAGCCAUGCCAGCUGCUGUGCGCAAAUUUCGUCGCGAGACCAGCGAAAUCAGCUGCUGUCUUAAAUACCUUCUGUUCGCUAGUAACGUGAUCCUGUGGCUCUCGGCCUUGGUAGCCCUUUCUAUUGGCAUCUGGGCUUGGAGUGAGAAGGAUAUGUUCCGCAACAUCACUAGGUUGCACUUUAUCGCGCUUGACCCGGCGUUUGUGCUGAUCAUCCUUGGCGGGAUCACCUCUCUGCUCGGUUUUAUGGGUAGCGUUGGUGCCUUGCGGGAGAACACUUGCCUACUUGCGGCAUACGCCAUCUUUUUGAGUGUUUUGCUCAUUGCUGAGAUCGGCUUUUGUGCUGUGGCCUUCGUGCUCAAGGACAAGGGCUGGAUCAAGGACCAGGCCACCGAGGGACUGAAGGCUUUUAUACGGCACUAUCGUGAGGAUGCAGACCAGCAAAACCUUAUCGACUGGAUCCAGGAGGAUUGGCUGCAGUGUUGCGGCAUUGACGGGCCGAAGGAUUGGGAUAGCAACAAUUACUUUAAUUGCUCCUCCAUCGCUAUCGGCAGCAGGGAGGCGUGCGGAGUGCCCUUUUCCUGCUGUCGUCGGCGUCCGCAGGAGCUUAUCAAGAACAAACAAUGCGGCUACGACGUGCGCAAGGAAGGUCAUCCGGUGGAUAGAAACAUACAUGAGCGUGGUUGUUUGCGCGCUGGCGAGGAUUGGCUGGAAGCACACCUUAUUAGUGUGGCGAUCUGCUGCGUGGCCGUCUUUGUUCUGCAGGGCAUGGAAUUGUCCAAAAUAAUCUAUGAAAAGGGCUGCGUUCAAGCUGGCGAAGAAUGGAUGGAGCACAAUUUGAUUAUUAUUUCCACUGCUGUUAUUGUUGUGAUGUUUUUCCAGAUUCUGGGAAUUUGCUUCGCUCAAAACCUUCGCGCCGAUAUUUAUACGCAGAAGUCAAAAUGGCACUGACAAAUGGGUCUUGCUGCCCCCACAGCUCUUUAGAAAAGAAUAAAAGGCAGCUAAGGACUUGGAGAACAAAAGGUAUCCUAUUACGAACUACAAGCACUACUUCGAACAAAAAAACUUGGAUACUCAUCUACUCUCCGGUUAGUUAACUAUACUAUGCAUUCCUGACCCAUAACCUUUACCCUCUUUACUAAAGCAAACACAUUCCGUCUUUGUGGACAUUGACUAAUAUUAACUAGGUUGCCAAAUUUGUUGCUAAUUUCUCGUUGGCUUUCCACUGCCUAAAAACAAAAAGAAAACGAAAGCGAAACACUUUAAUUAGAUUUUCUGAACUUUUUACAAUGAAAGUAAAAGAAAACAUAGGAAAAGCGAAAAAUGUAUCUUGAAAUGCAGCUGUGAUAUAUUUUUAAAGAAAUGUACAGAGAAAGAUAUUCAACAAUUUUCAACAAAGCAAACGAACAUUACACGCAACUCAUUCCUAAUCUGAAAAAAUACUGCCUAGCACAACAGAUGUUUGUCAUAAAAAUAAUAUGUUAAUACUUAUUUUUGUAAGCGAAGAGCCUCCUUUUGUGUGGGGGUAGGAAUAUCACAAAAAAAGAGAAAACAUGCUUUUUAAUAUUAACGAGCUUAACCUAAAGUAAAGCAUAAAAUAGUAAUAUAUUUUUGCAACUCGCAAUUCUGAUUGAUGUUUUAAAAAGCGCACUUAUAAUAUGCUAAAAUAAAGCAAACUUGAAUUCGCUCUUGUACCUUUUUAAAUCUUUAUUGCAAGCAUAUGUAGUGAUUGAAGACUGUCAAUAUUUUUAACAAAUUUUGCAAACACUACUCCUGCGUGUCCGGAGAAGUCUUAAAAUAAAUUAACGAAGACGUUGUCAAUACAAAAAUAUGUAUGUAAAUCACUGCCCUACAAAAAUUUAAUUUAUGUUUUAGUUAUUGAAUGAGCUGAAAAGUUAACUACUGUUACUGUAAUGGCAAGUAUUGCCUAAACACUAACUAAUACGAUUUUCAAAAUGCACCGAUUAAUCGCCCCAAAAAAGGUUAUUGAUUUGUAAACAUGUUCUGUAACGAAAACUCCGUUCAACAUUUAAAGAGACUUUAAAUUAUAUCCCAAAUCGAAAUUACAACAAUGCUGAUAUACUUACCUUUAUUUGAAAAAAAAACAUAAAACAUAUUAAGAGAAUCUCCAUUUGCCAACAACAUUGUGGAUACAAAUACAUAAGAGAAUAUAAGCUAAUAAAAAAUAACGAUGUGAACAAUUAUGAUUAUAUUAACAAACAUUACAUUAAUUUGGGAUCGGAAAAGUCAAUUAUUGACAAGCUGAAAGUAAAAACGAGUCAGUCAACCAAACAUAAACAACAGAUUAUUUAAGCAUAGACUUACUUAGGUAAUAUAUGAUAAGAUUUAGAAAAUGUAUUACAAAGCUUAACAAGGGUUGUUAAAAAAAAUAAAAAUUGCUUCAAAUAACGAAA